UCAGAUGACGUAUUCCUGUAAGGACCCCACGUGAGCUCGCCAGAGUGUUUGGAAUCUGCGUAAAAGUUGCAGUUUGAGGUUCAAACAACCAACAAAUGCAUUCCCACAUAAAGUACUCGGUGCGCCUGAAGCGCUGCGCUCAGCGGACGCUGCAGAGGGACGUGAGGACUCUGUGCGCCGCAAAACCYCAAACGGGAAACCAGGAGUCCAGGAGCUUGUUCGGAGCGCACAGCUGCAGGUUUUACGCGUCGGACUCCGCUUACACCCGAGCGUUGUCCGCCGCCAGGGACAAACCCGAGGCGUUCUGGGCCGAGAUGGGACGCGACAUAAACUGGUUUGAACCGUGGAGGAAAACUCUACACGUUGAGGACCCAGUGUUCCCAAACUGGUUUGUUGGAGGGAAGUUGAACAUGUGCUUCAACGCGGUAGACCGUCACGUAGAAAGCGGACGAGAAGAGCAGCCUGCCGUUAUUUACGACAGCCCGGUGACRGGAACUAAAAAGAUCAUCACUUUCAGGGAACUUCAAGACCAGGUGUCRAGGUUAGCAGGAGUCCUUGUGAAAAACGGGGUGAGGAAAGGAGACGUCGUCGUCAUCUACAUGCCCAUGGUGCCGCAGGCCAUGAUCACCAUGUUGGCCUGRGCACGCAUCGGUGCACCGCACAGCCUCAUUUUUGGUGGCUUUGCCUCCAAAGAACUUUCUGUUCGCAUCGACCACGCCCGGCCCAAGCUGCUGGUUACAGCCUCGUUUGGCAUCGAGCCAGGCAGAAGAGUGGAGUACAUCCCUCUGGUGAAGAAGGCCUUGGAGAUGAGCUCGCACAGGCCCUCCAAAGUCCUCAUCUACAACAGACCCAACAUGGAGACCGUGUCCAUGAGCCCAGAACUGAACCUGGACUGGGAUGAGGAGAUGGCCACGGCUCGACCACACGACUGCGUUCCUUUGCCCUCCGACCAUCCCCUGUACGUUCUCUACACGUCGGGGACCACCGGAACACCAAAGGGUGUUGUUCGAGACACUGCAGGCUGCGCUGUUAUGCUGAAAUGGACCAUGUCAAACAUUUAUGGGCUCAGUCCUGGAGACGUUUGGUGGGCCGCGUCAGAUCUGGGCUGGGUGGUUGGACAUUCCUACAUCUGCUACGGGCCUUUGCUCCACGGCAACAGCACAGUUCUUUAUGAGGGAAAGCCUGUAGGGACUCCGGACCCCGGAGCAUUCUUCCGUGUUCUGUCCGAACAUGGCGUCACCUCRAUGUUUACAGCACCCACUGCCAUCCGGGCCAUACGGCAGCAGGACCCCCACGCUGCAGUCGGCAAAAAAUAUCCCCUGUCCAGGUUUCGGAUGUUGUUCGUGGCAGGAGAGCGAUGUGACGUGGAGACGCUGGAGUGGGCAAAGAAGAGCUUCGGGGUUCCAGUUUUGGACCACUGGUGGCAAACUGAAACUGGCUCAGCCAUUUCCGCCUCUUGUAUCGGGUUGGGAAACUCGCUCACGCCACCUGCAGGCCAGGCGGGCAAYCCUGUCCCAGGUUAUAAUGUCACAGUGAUCAACGACGACAUGCAGGAGGUAAAACCCAGAACUCUUGGAAAUAUUGUGGUCAGACUACCUUUACCACCUGGUGCAGCAUUGUCUCUGUGGCAAAACCAGGAUCUAUAUAAAGAGCUCUACUUCACCAAGUUUCCAGGGUAUUACGACACCAUGGACGCAGGGUUUCUGGAUGACGAGGGUUUCCUCUACAUCAUGUCCCGGUCUGAUGAUGUCAUCAACGUGGCAGGGCACAGGCUGUCUGCUGGCGCUUUAGAGGAAUCGGUGCUGCUGCACUCUGCAGUGGGGGACUGCGCCGUGGUGGGUCUGGAGGACAAACUGAAGGGUCACGUUCCUCUGGCGCUGUGUGUGCUUAAGAACGGUGUGGAGYAGACGAAAGAGGAAAUCACAAAGGAGAUCGUCAAGCUUGUGAGAGACACAGUUGGACCAGUGGCCGCCUUUAAGAAUGUGCUUUUUGUUCAUGGAUUACCAAAAACACGUUCUGGCAAGAUUCCUCGCUCUUCUUUGGCCAAUCUAGUCAAUGGCAAACCUUACAAGAUCACUCCAACAAUCGAAGACCCAGAUGUGUUCAAAGACAUUGAGAAGCAAGUAGAAAAGGUUCUGAAACGCCAUGCAGCCUGAACCUGCAGGGAGCAGCUGGUCCUUUUGAUAAGAGGAGUCUAAAGUUUCACAGAACUUUGUUGAUAAGACGUCUAGGCUUUAAAACACUACAGAAUGUGUACAUCUUAAAGUGCCUAUGUCAUCAAAUUUUUGUAACAAUUAUUAAUGCAUUUUUGGAAAGAAAACAUUGAUAAUAUGUUGCAAAUGAAAUUUCACACCAUUGAGCUGAACGCUUAUAGAGAUAUUCACAUGUGAAGUAACAGGAAGUGAUGUCAGAGGGGAAUGUCUGCAUGUGAACAGAGCUUUAAUGGUGACGACACAGGCUGAAGAGAAAAUUCUCUUUCUUUAGAUUAUUUUGAGUCCCUUUCAGAAAGAGACAAGUCAUAGUUCAAAUAGUGGUUCCAUAAACAAAAAAACAGGGUUCCCCUUUGAUGUCACUUCCUGUUUCACUUUGGCUGAGUCAAGUUCAAAAGAAAACAUGCCAGUUAUGUGACCAAAUGGGUAAAAACUUGUGUAUUAUCACUAGUUUGUGAAAUUUAAGGAUACGUAUGUCACAGGCACUUUAAGAUAGUAAAAGACAGUAAAAAGUCGCUUGUUGUAUUUUAAUCAAAUUUUAAAAAAUGUUUAAAUGAACUGCAUUAACUAGAUACAGAAUAUAAGUUUGACCACAUUAAUGUAGGGAUUACUAGAACUAGUCAUCUUAUUUUAAAAUAUUGCACAUCGUCUAACACAGUUUAGACAAAUGUUUACCUGUCCAUGGUUCAACAGUUAUCUAUUAACUUAGCUUGACUGAUUUUUUAUGUUAGCAACCAUUAUUAAACAAAAUGAAUCUUGAAUGAAAACUAAAUUCACUGACAGUUUUUAUUGACAAUGAAAACGUGUUUGCUCACCACUUUGUUUUGACCAAAGUACAAGAAGUAAUAAAUUAAAAAAAUGGAAACAAAAUGAUUCCUCUUUCGUGCAAAUUGAAGAUGUAAAAAAA